GCCCGGGACGCACCUCCCUUCUGCAGCCCAGGCCCGCUAGCUCCGCGUCUCCUCCGCCGCCGCCUGCUCUGGCCGAGACAGGUCAGAGCCGGAGCAUGGAACCCGGGGAGCCUCGGGAACCCCGCGAGCCCGGGCCGGGGGCAGAGACAGCCGCGGCCCCGCAAUGGGAGGAAGCCAAGACUUUCUACGACAACCUCGCGCCCAAGAAGAAACCCAAAUCGCCCAAGCCUCAGAAUGCAGUCACCAUUGCUGUGUCCUCCCGAGCCUUGUUCCGCAUGGAGGAGGAGCAGCGGAUCUACACGGAGCAGGGCGUGGAGGAGUAUGUGCGCUACCAGCUGGAGCAUGAGAACGAGCCCUUCAGUCCCGGGCCGGCCUUCCCCUUCGUGAAGGCUCUGGAGGCUGUGAACAGGCGGCUGCGGGAGCUCUACCCUGAUAGUGAGGACCUCUUUGACAUUGUCCUUGUGACCAACAACCACGCUCAAGUGGGUGUCCGUCUCAUCAACAGUAUCAACCACUAUGACCUGUUCAUCGAGAGGUUCUGCAUGACAGGUGGGAAUAGCCCCAUCUGCUACCUCAAGGCCUAUCACACCAACCUCUACUUGUCUGCUGAUGCGGAAAAAGUGCGGGAAGCCAUUGAUGAAGGGAUCGCAGCCGCCACCAUCUUCAGCCCCAGCAGGGACGUGGCUGUAUGCCAGAGUCAGCUGCGCGUGGCCUUCGAUGGGGACGCAGUGCUCUUCUCGGACGAGUCAGAGCGCAUUGUCAAGGCCCAUGGGCUGGACAGUUUCUUCGAACACGAGAAGACCCACGAGAACAAACCUUUGGCCCAGGGCCCCUUAAAGGGCUUUCUGGAGGCGCUGGGUAGGCUGCAGAAGAAGUUCUACUCCAAGGGCCUGCGCCUGGAGUGCCCAAUCCGCACCUACUUGGUAACAGCACGCAGCGCAGCCAGUUCUGGGGCCCGGGCUCUCAAGACCCUGCGUAGCUGGGGCCUGGAGACGGAUGAGGCCCUGUUCCUUGCAGGAGCGCCCAAGGGCCCCCUCCUUGAGAAGAUCCGCCCACACAUCUUCUUUGAUGACCAGAUGUUCCAUGUGGCUGGGGCUCAGGAGAUGGGCACAGUGGCUGCUCAUGUACCUUACGGCGUGGCACAGACACCCCGGCGGACUGCACCUACAAAGCCGGCCCCAUCUACACAGUAGCUGAGCCACCAGCUUCAUGACCCACAUUGCUCCAGGCUCAGCUCCCUGUCAUUCUUUGGCACGUCAUCCAGUGGACCCUUCUAAUUCCUCACCACUCUGCAUGUCUGCCCUCAUCCCUAUGCGUGAUGUACUUGUAGGAAAUUAUGGAGACUGGACUGGCACUUUUCCAGACCUUCUUUUGGGCCAGCACUGUGCCAUGACGCUAGCUAGGAAAGUAAGACUGUGCAGAGCUGCUGAAUUUAAGGGGAAGUUGAUGGGACCAAGGGUGGGAGGGUCAGAGGAGCCAGGAUGCCUCAAAAGGGGCUUAGGAUGAAAAUUAGCUCAGUGUAGUACAAAGAACACUUCUUUGAGAGAGAAGGGAUCUGGCUUCUAAGCUGUGUCCUGGCACUAACUGCAUGACUUUGAGUAAGUCCCUUCCAUUCAUAGGCCUCGGUUUCCCCAUCUUUUAGGUGGUUUUCAAACUCUUCUUUACCGAAAGAAGCUUGGUUUUAUCAGAGUGCCCUCUUUGAAGGAAGCAUUCUGUGCCGGAGCUGCUGCUGGUAUAUAUGGCAACUUUGUGCAAAUUACAGAAGGACGCUGUCUCUAGAAUGAAUUAUGAAAAGACAGCCCUUCUUCUGGGCUGCCCCAGACCCACACUGGGAUACACAGCUUGCUUAGCAGGAUAGAGGCUGGAUUUCAGCCCCCACUGGCUCCAUAGUCCAGAGGCCUUUGUCAAAUGGCAAAAUGCACAAUCGUCCACAGCAAUCCUACCUAUAAUUUUACACGUUUGGAAACCACUGGACAAAAAGACUUAUCCGCUUCCUGUGAUCCUCUAAUCCAAGCCAUCAGGGGUCAGCUGCCAGGUGCAGGGGUUGUGAAAGGAGUGAGGGGGUGCACUUCACCUGCAUGCAAACUCUCCUCCAGCCAGCAGGGGGCACUGCAGGCUCUUCCUGGGGAGGCGCUUUAGUGGUAGCCUGCUCAGUGCUUCCUUUGCUUUUCCUUUAGCCCAAGUUCAGUUGUUCCUGCCUGCCAGCCCCCUCACCUCAGCCCUUACUCCUUCAAUUAUUGCCUCCUGCUGUGCUGCCAAGCUCUGCCAAUGGGGAAAGAGGCAGAGCAUCGGGCUUUACUGUUGUGGACCCAAAUGUAGGGGAGAAAGCUCAGUGGCUGAAGUGGGAGGAUGUUCAGGCUGAGCCCGAGGGAAGGCCUGCCUGCGGUGACGUGGGGAGGUCUAGUCUGAGGGAGUGACCAGUUAGAGAGGAAGGGGCUGAAAUGUGCACUAGCAAGAUUCUCCAGCUGUGGGACCAUGAGUGGAAGUAAUGAGCUCUCCGUCACUGGGAUGCUAUGCAAGGGACUCCAGGAUGAGGUGACCUCCCCUUGCGGUGCACUGGUGAAUUCCCCACCCUUGCAGGAGCCCGUUCAUCCCCCUUCCGGGGGAGAACUCUCACUGCUGGAUGAGUCAGCCUCCUCUUUUGCUGACCAGCCUGACUCUCUCCAGAGGGAGGGUGGGAGCACCAGGAAGGUCCCGGUGGAAGAUCCAGAAGGGGUGAGCAGAUGUCUGUGGUGGGGACUGAUUGCCCGGCUCCCAGGGGGAAUCCUAGCUGUGAGCAAGCACUUUGUGAAGACAGCUGAAGGUAUCAUCAGAGGGGGCAGGAGUCUGGAGGUGUGUGCAGGAGAGCUGGAAUGCUUGUGAGGGUAGAAGAGGGGGUGAAGGGCCACCUGGAGCCUGAUCUUUGUCCUUUUGAGCACUCAGCCCAGGGUCUGAAUGGGCGCAGGUUCUGAGCAAUGUAAGGCAGGGUAGUAGUUGCAGAAAGAUAAUCCAGGAAGGAG